UUUUUGACUGAAGGACGACAGAAAUAAGACCAUUGAUUUUAGCUACAAAAUUUUCAUUGAGUUUGUUUUAUGUGAUAGCUGAAUUAUAUGGUAGUAGAUGCAUUUUAUUGACAUAUUAAGUUAAAUUAAAGUUAUAUAGGUGACGGAACAACAUUACAUACAAUGAGUGAACCGCUUACAUUAGCCAAAGACAUACAAAAGUCAAUUGACUUGAUUGAGAAGUUACAAGCAUGUGGGGAUUUUCCUACAACAAAAUUGGCAACUCUACAAAAAGUUUUACAAAGUGACUUUCUAAGUGCUGUAAGAGAAGUUUACGAACAUGUAUUUGAAACAGUUGACAUGCGAGGAUCUCAAGAUAUCCGUGCUUCUGCAACAGCAAAAGCUACUGUUGCUGCUUUCGCUGCGAGUGAAGGACAUGCCCAUCCUCGUGUAGUUGAACUCCCUAAAACAGAAGAAGGUUUGGGUUUCAACGUUAUGGGUGGAAAAGAACAAAAUUCUCCAAUAUAUAUAUCUCGUAUUAUACCAGGAGGUGUUGCUGAUAGACAUGGGGGGCUCAAAAGAGGAGACCAGUUACUUUCUGUUAAUGGAGUGUCUGUCGAAGGCGAAAAUCAUGAAAAGGCUGUAGAGCUCUUAAAGCAAGCUGCAAACGCAGUUAAACUCGUUGUUCGAUACACUCCAAAAGUCUUGGAAGAAAUGGAAAUGCGUUUUGAUAAACAUCGAACAAUAAAGCGCCGACAGUUUCAAAACUAAUAUAACUUUUAUUUAUACAUACUUUAAGUCAAUUGUUAUUUUACGAGGGUUUUUUUUAUAUUUUCGAGCUAAUAAUGAUUACUUAAUACUAUGUAACUUGAGAAUUUAGUUUUUAAAAUAAUUUUUUUAAAUAAUUUUAACACCAUACGUGGACUUAAGCUUUUCAUUGCCUUAAUAAUCCACGUCACUUCGGAAAAAUGAACUGUACUUACUUCCUUUAUACUAAGACCAAGUACUUCCGCGAAAUUCUCUUUGUGGUACACAGGGCUUCCGCUACUUAUACGAGCAAUCGUGUUCGAUUUCUUGAGCUCUCUCUAACUCUUUCUCAGUCGUGCUGAUUCAUGUUCGAUUUUUCCAUGCUAAGUAUUUCUAAUCCGGGCUGUUAACGCCCAGUUCAGUUCCAAAAAUAUCCACGAAACUAUGAGAGAGUACGCUUGAGGCGAAGUUCCAUUGAAUUACCACAUUUUAAUUUGACAAAGCUGCUUGCAGUACGUCACUUAUCAUCAACAAUAACAGUAUUGCCAAGAGUAUACACCAUUGCCUAACUCCACUUUAAACAGUUCCUUUGAAAACUUUCCUUUACGCAAAACGUGAUACUGAGAUCUAUUUUUUUGGAAGUUGCUGUAUUAUUCGCCGCCCAACUAACUUUUAUGAUCAAACAUGGUCCCUCCGAUAACAAGGCCGUUGUUGUCAUUGCCAACUUUUCCAUAUCAUUAUGCACUAUCAGCAUAAUGGUAUCACCUCGUAAUGUGACAUCAUAAAAACCAUUCAUCCGAUUUAGAAGAGAGCAUAAUGGGUGCGUAACCUUGUAUGAUAGUGACACGACGUACUCUAAUGCGAAUUCUGGCUUCUAAAGGCUCACAGGAAAAUAGAGUUAAGAACUAAGCAGCAAUCCAACACCUCCUGAGUGAUUCCAGUUGGCUCUACAAAUUGUAAUAUUACAGUGUUACGGGUUGGUGGCUUUAUCUUUCCCGGGAACCCAAAUCAAUUUAGACGUAAAGAAAACUUCUAUUACUGCUCCCUUUGAUGAAUCGUUUGCGAUUUUUUACCAUAAUAUUGGAGUUAGGAGAACGAAAUCGAUUUUUUUUUGUUUCUGUUGCUGAUUGUUGUUAUCAUAUUAUUGAGCUAACCGAGACAUUGUCAAAUGAUAGUUUCUUUCAACCUAAUUUUUCACAUCUGACUGUAAUGUUUUCUGAAAAGAUCGCUUCUCCGUACAGACAGGUUUAAAUAAGGAGGCGGUGUUUUGUUUGCUAUUCGAUCAGAACAUAUAAGUAGAGAAAUUAUUUUAUCUGAUACUAAUAUUAAACAACUGCGUGUAUGUGUAGAUUUAUCUAUGAUUUAACUGCUUAUAAAAAUAUUUAUAUUUACUUUCUUGUUUUAUACAUUUCUCCACUAUUUCAAUGUUCUGUUUAUGAUGCUUACAUACAAAAUAUUAAAGGUAUUUGCAAAAAAUAUAGGUGAAAAUUGUUAUAUUGUAAUUCUUGGAGAUUUUAAUUUAUCUAAUGUAAAAUGAUUAUUUUCAAAUGAUGAGAAACAAAUGUUUCCUUAUAACGUAUAUAAAGAUUUUGAAUAUACAUAAUUGAAUUGAUAAUUUAACGGCUCUGAAUGCAUCAAAUUAUUAAUAUUUAUAAUUCUAUUGGACAUAUUUUAAAUCUAGUUUAUAUUAAUACAAAUAUUGAAGCUGAAUUAGAUGCAGCUGGUUUUACUGAUUUUGUAAGUAUUUAAGUAUGUAAGUAAACUGGCAUCUGGCUAUUUUUAAUUUUUUUUUUCCCAUAAAGAAAGUAGACAAUUCAAAAAGACCGAUUUGUUUCAGUAAAAGUUUAUCAAGGCUUAAAAUGUAAAACAUUUAAAUUGUAAACGGCAUAAAAGAAGUUAAAUGUCGGUUUUUUUUUCGAGAACAAUUUAGAGAACUAGACAAGAGUAUGAAUUUUUCAAAAGUUUUACUUAUCAACAAUAUAUUUGUUCCCUGGAGUUGAAAAUAAAGGUAAUUCUAAAAUC